ACAUUUCAACUAAAAAUAACUUCGGAAAUGAACAACAUGAAUUACAGCUGCGAGCUACAAAGAGAUGGAAAGAUAUUUAAAAGGAACAUCAGCCUCAGAGUUGAAGAAUGCCCAGACCCGUGCAAAUGUGACGUCUUCCAGCAAACCAGCAUCAGUGUGAAUUGCAGUGGAAAAAAUCUCCAUUCAAUUCCAUGGAAAAUUCCACUUGCCACGGAAAAAUUGGAAAUGAGCAACAACCUGUUGAAGGAAAUGCCAUCAGGCAUAUUCCAAAACAAUACCAAGCUGGUCAGCUUGUUUGUACAAAACAACCAGUUGAAGAAAUUACCGUCGGGUAUAUUCAAUAACAACAUCCUGCUGACUUACUUGUAAGUUUGG